AUUUCAUGGCGACGAAACUCGCCUCGGUAUCACCUUCACGUGCUGCCACUGUUUUGGAAAACGUACAAAUAAAGAUUUAAAGUGUUCACAGACAUGGAGAGAAGAAAGGAGGAGAUGAAGACUGCGACUCAGAGAGAGGAGGAAGGAGAAGAUGAGGAGGAGCUGAAGACUGCGACUCAGGGAGAGGAGGAAGGGGAAGAAGAGGAGGAGCUGAAGAUUGCGACUCAGGGAGAGGAGGAGGAAGGAGAAGCAGAGGAGGAAAUCAGAGGUGACGAUGAUGAUGAGGAGGAAGCAGCAGCUGUGAUGAAGAAGACCAAAGCCAAAGUGACGUCCUGUUCAAAACGUCAGGUGGUUCCUGGAAUCAUUUACUUGGGUCAUAUUCCUCCGAGGCUCCGCCCCAAACACCUGAGGAACAUGAUGUCAGCAUACGGAGAGAUUGGACGAGUGUUUCUGCAGCCUGAGGACAGUAAGAUGAAGAAGAAGAAGAGGUCUGGUCUGAGGAGGUGUGGCUUCACUGAAGGAUGGGUGGAGUUUAGAGACAAGCGUGUGGCGAAGCGCGUGGCUGCGUCUCUACACAACACACCGAUGGGAACCAGGAAACGCCAGAACUUCUCCUCCGACCUGUGGUGCAUCAAGUACCUGCACAGGUUCCAGUGGAUUCACCUGAGUGAGCGUCUGGCGUACGAGCAGAUGGUUCUGAAGCAGAGACUCAGGACAGAAAUUUCUCAGGCAAAGAGAGAAACAAACUUUUACCUGAACAACGUGGAGAAGAGCGCUCACAUGAACGACAAGAGGAGGAGAAAGAGGCGGCAGGAUGGCCCACAGCAGGUGGAGGAGAAGACGUGGGACUUCACGCAGCGGCAGACGGAGGAUGAGAUCCAGACGAGGAAGAGGAGGAGGAAGGACAUGGACAAGGCCCGCCUCCUACAGGAGAAGAGCCAAUCGAAUGUCUCGCUGCUGACCAAGAUCUUCAACUCCAACUAGUAACAGUGACAGUGCUGGGACACGCUCACCUCCACUGUCUAAUCGCAGAACUCCUCAGAGUUGGUGGGUGGAGCCACUGCAGCAGCCGGCUGAUCUGAUUGACUUUUUUUAUUUCACUCUAACAAUAAACUGUAUGAACUCUU